AUGCCUGAAAGCACGUUGGAGGGAUAUGCGAGGGCCAUUGCGGAUGGAGCGGACUAUGUGGAAUGCAACGUCAUCUGCACGGCAGACUUGGAGCUCAUCUGCUGGAACGACUUGGAUUUGACGCUCGUGACGAACGUGGCACACCACCCGGAGCUGAGUCAACUCAAGUCAACGGCGGUCAUAGAGGGGCAGGAGGUGGAGGGAUUCUUCGCAUUCAACUUCACGUUCGAGCAGAUCCAGAUUCUCAGAGUGGAGCAGCGAUACCAGUGGCGGGACAAGACCCUUCACGGCCGGUUAUCCAUCCCCACGCUCUCUCAUGUGCUCGCCCUCGUGCUCUCCUCCAAUCAAAACCCCGAGCUGCUCGCUGCUAGAGGCAACCGACCCGUGGGGCUGAUGCUGGAACCGAGAUACCCUGAAUUCCAUGAGUCCAUCGGGUGCCCGCUACUCGAGUCGCUCCUGACUCUCCUCAGCGUGAACAACCUGCAGCCACCUCCGCGCCCUUCCAACCCCUUCAACACCCUCACUUCUUCCUCCUCCCCCACUGCCUCUCUUAGUGACCGCCUUGCUAGCAUCAGCACCACCACCAUUUCUACUGACAAUGCUCCCACAGCUGGUGCUGCUACAGCCGGGGGGCGGAUUGUGCUUGACCCAGCAGUGCAGCCGGUGGUGAUAGAGGCGAGGAGCUCUGCUGCUCUCGUCUACUGCAGCCAACGCACCUCCAUUCCCCUCGUGCAGAUCCUGGAGGCGGGAUGGGACGAGCCAUCGGACACUAACCGCAUUCUGCAGGCCCCUCCUCCCUCCUGCCCGCCCACCACCCCUCUUCGAGCCUGCAUGCUGGACGCCAUAUCACUCUAUGCAGUGGCCAUCGCACCAGAGAAGCAUCUGGUGCUGCCGGUGGAGUCGUGGCACAAGAAGCUGCUCAACCAGACCGACCUCGUCUCCCUCGCCCACCACCCAGCCCGCCAGCUGGCUGUGCUGCCCUGGCCCUUUGCCAACGACUGGAUCUUCCUCUCCCUCAGUUACGAGCUCGACCCUCUGAACGAGUAUGCCAUGUUUGUGGAGGCGGUGGGAGUGGAUGGUCUCUUCUCUGACUUCCCCGCCACCGCCCUUAAAUACAUCCGGUCUCGGGACUGCCUGGCAGCAGCAUCGGGAGUGCUGGGUGCGUUGGUGGCCACACCAAGAAAACGAGGCCUAGCAGGACACGAAGACGCAAGGAAGCUGGUGGAGGAGAUAUUGUGCAUUUUCACCUUGGCGCGCAGCAAGGCCAGCGUUACCAGAGUGUUGUCGAAGGUAGUCACCCUGCUCCCGUUCCACUUCCGGCGUUAUGCUCUCUCCGUCGUUUAUAGUGUUGCCAGGAGCUUGCCUUAUCAAUCCACCCUUGGCCUCUCCUUACCCCCCUUCCUCCCUUCUCCCCUCCUUGCCCCCCACCUGCUCCUUGCUGUCAUUGUCACCAUUGCUGUGCUCCCCAUGGCAGUGUGGGCGCUCUAUGCCAUGCACAAGUGGAGGCAAACGGAGCAGCACCAGCCCUGGCAGGACCUUGCUUUACCCAGCCAGUGCUUGCCAUCUCCUUUAUCCCCUCCCCCCCUUCCCCCAGACCUGCUGAUCCUGACCGUCAUCAUCACCAUUGCGGUCCUUCGAAUGGCUGUCUGGACGUUUUACAUCAUGCACAAGUGGAGGCAGACGGUGAAGCAUCUGCACUGGCAGGAGUUUGCCACCAUCCACUCCCACGGCUCCACCACAGCCUCCGAAACACAAACCCUCACUGCUCUUCACGCUGUUGCUCUUGACUCUGAUCGACCAUCCCUUACCCUCUCUGUAAACCACUUCCCUCUCUGUAAAAACCCCUGCCCCUCUAUCCCGCAGAUCUCCUGA